AUGUCGUGGAUCAUAGUGAGACUAUGCGAUGAAAAAAGAAGAAGAAUCAGGAAUCUUACUGAUGAUUUCUUGAAUGGGUUGAAGAAAAUAAAGAAUGAAGAAGAAGUAUUCUUUUAUUCAAAUUGGGAUGACAUUGAAAAGGUAAGAAUGCAUCUGAGAUUCCUAAGAACAUUGGUCCUGUUUGGGAAUUCCAGUUUGGACGAUGACUUUUAUGAGAGGAUGUCCAAAAAAAUAAACAAGUUGAGUGUUAUGACUCGAUCACUUUUCUCUCAAGAUAAAUUCAUCCAAGCGAAAUACAAGAUGCGAGGACCUCUGAUGGAAGAGAUGGAAAGUUAUUUACGUUUGAAGAAUGAUAAUUAUGUAGCAAUGAUCACAGAGGAGAAAAUGUUUGAAUACCUCUUCACAAACCUCCAUGAUCUACCAAACUAUUCUUCUUAUUUGUUUGAAUAUCUCCGUCGUCAAACUGACUACAAUAUUUUUCACCAAGUAUUCCGUCGUCUGACAGAUUUCUAUCCUAUCCUCCUGGCCAACAAAACAAUUACUACUCAAUAUCUCCUUCCUCGCUUCCAAUUCAUUGCUCAGACAGUUAUGCAAUUCUAUUUUGCUAUUUGGACUGGAAAGUAUAAACCACGUUAUGGUGAUGAUGAGUGCGCUUCCAAGAUCACUUCUCUACUCAUCGACAUAAUCCCUCUUGAGCUUGAGGUUCUAUACAUUUCUACUUCUAACCUCAUCAAAGAAUCAACGUCAAGAGAACUAAAACGGUUUGUCAAGCAAAUCGUAAAAGCAUCUCCAAGGAUUCUUCAAAAUUGUCUCAUUCAUCUCCAAGGACGCAUGGCUGCUGCUGUCAAUUAUGCUCCAACUCAAAGCAUUAAUGUCAUGAUCGAGUUCCUAUUGAUCUUUCUCACUGAUAUACCAAAGCGAUUUAUCCAUCAUGAAAAAUUGAACGAUAUGUUGGCACAUGUCGCACUACUUACAAGGAAGAUAUCUAUUCUGAUGGAGGAGAGCUCUGAGAAUAAUAUCAAUGAAGCGGACUUUUCCGCUCCAGACUUGUUGCAAGAAAUUGAACGAAUGAAGGGAGAUAUCAAACAGAAUUUUUUGAAAGCCCCGGAUCAGUCAUCUCAACUUUGCUUUCCUAUGGAUGAUGGUUUACUCUUCAUGAAUCUUCUACUCAGACAUUUAAAUGAUUUGCUCAUUUCCAAUGCUUAUUCAGUUUUUUUGAUAAAAAAAGAAAUUGGGAUGGUGAAAGAAAGCCUUGAAUUCCUAACAUCAUCUUUCAGGCAAACAUUGGAUGACACUAGUGGAGUAGUUAAAGAUUGUUGGUUGCGUGCUUUAGAUGUGGCAUAUGAGGCAGAACAUGUUAUUAAUUCCAUUCUUGUCAGAGAUAAAGCUCUCUCGCAUCUCCUCUUCUCACUUCCGAAUGUCACUGAUAAGAUCAAGCUUAUCGUCGCAGAAGUCACCAGUUUACAGCUGGAGGAUAAGAAUGGGGAUCACCCCCUUGAUGCAAAGUCUUUCGUCGAGCCAAUUGAGUCAACCUCAUCACCUUUUGUUGAGGUAACAGUAGGUCAUGAGAAAGAAGAAUCCCAGAUCAUUGCCCAGCUCCUUGAUGAACAUGAAUCUGAGCUUGAUGUCAUUUCCAUUGUCGGAAUGCCAGGACUCGGUAAAACUACUCUGGCCAACAAAGUGUAUAACAAUACAUUAGUUACUACUCAUUUCAAUGUUCGUGCUUGGUGCACUGUUUCCCAAAAGUAUAACAAGUCAAAGGUGUUGGGGGAGAUUCUUCAGCAAGUUACUGCCUCAGGAGGAAAAGAGAGUGAGGAUGACCUUGCUGAAAAGCUACGAGUAGCACUGUACAAUAAAAGGUACCUCAUCGUUUUGGAUGAUGUGUGGGAUAUUGCAACAGGGGAGAUGUUAAUAGCAUGUUUUCCAAAGGUUGAGAGAGGAAAUAGAAUUAUCUUAACUAGCCGAAGUAGUGAGGUAGGUUUGAAAGUUAAAUGCCGUAGUGAUCCUCUCCGCCUUCAACUUUUAACAACUGAAAAAAGUUGGGAGUUAUUCGAAAAAAGGGUAUUUGGAGAAGGAAGCUGCCCUGCUGAACUGUCAGAAGUUGGACACCAAAUAGUUGACAAAUGUCAAGGGCUUCCUUUGGCUGUUGUUUUGAUUGCUGGAGUAAUUGUUAGAGGAAAGAAAAAGGAAAAUGAUUUGUGGCUUAAGAUUCAAGAUAAUUUGGAUUCGUUUAUUUCUGCCAACAUCAAUUUGCAGAUGAUGAAGGUUAUGCAAUUAAGUUAUGACCAUUUACCAUGCCACCUGAAGCCGUUGUUGCUUUACUUUGCAAGAUGGCGAAAGAGCAAACGAACUCCAGUGUCUAAGUUGAUGCAGUUGUGGAUGGCUGAAGGGUUGGUGGAUCAUGAUAUCCCAUCCAAGUGUAGUUUAGAGGAAGCAACUCAAAGAUACUUGGAUGCUUUAGUUUCCAGUAGCCUGAUAAUUGUGGAUCAUAUGUUCUACAAGAAGAAUAUGCCUUUUUCUGUUAGGAUCAAGGUUUGCUAUGUGCAUGAUGUUGUGCACGAUUUUUGUUCAGUAAAAGCCAGAAAGGAAAAAUUUCUCAAGUUAAUGAAUCCAGGUGCUCGAUUUCAUGCUUCUGAUUUCCUACAUCAUCGUCUAAUCAUUCAUACUGACAACACCCAACUCCACAAAAAAUGUGAUUUGUUCAAGUCUAAAAGGUGUUCAGUUGGUAGUAAGCAUCUCAUAUCUUUGAAAGUUAGCGGUUCGCUUCUCUACUCCAGCUAUAUCUGUCACACAAGACCCUUUGGACUUGUUAGAGUACUGCAACUGGAUAGCAUUGAGUUGAAAGAUUCUUUAAUGGAAGAAAUAGGCUCCCUAUUUCAUUUGAGGUUCUUAAGGAUUCUUACUCUUGAUGUAAAAGCUAUCCCAAUGUCGUGGUUGAACCUCCAGAAUCUGGAAACUCUGUUGAUCAGUACUGGAGAUUCCACCAUGGUAUUACUGCCCAGAAUAUUAAAACUGUCAACGCUGAAACAUGUGAAAAUUGACACGAGUUCUUUCUUUGAAGAGGAAGAGGAAGUGAAAGAGGAAAAGGAUGAGGACUGGGACAAUAUUAUGCAUCAACCAAGUAGAAUAUUGGAAGCUGAGAAUUCAAAGUUAGAACACUUGAAAACUUUAUCCAAUGUUGUAAUCUCAUAUACUGAAGCCACGAGUGAUGUUCUUGAGAAGUUUCCAAAUCUUCAGCACCUUGAUUGCACCAUCAAGGAACCGAUAGAUCCUCCUACACACCGCGAUUGGUUUCCCAAGUUUGAUGUCCUUAAUAAACUUGAAUCACUCAUUGCAAUGUAUGAGAACGCCCACUAUCCUAACAAAAUCCGACAACCCAAUGAAUAUUACUUCCCUAACUGCUUGAAAGAGUUACGGUUGGCUGGUUUUUCCCUGAGACCUGAUUUGUUGUCAGCAAUCGCGACAUUGCCUCAGCUUGAAAUUCUGGAGUUUGUAAGCUGUAAUUUCGUGGAGGACAAGUGGGAUGCAAGUGAGCACAUCUAUCAACGUCUGAAGACUUUGUCUAUGCGAGUGGUCAACCAUUCGGAAUGGGAAGUUGACACGGAAACCUUUCCCAAGCUUGAGGAAUUAAUACUAGAACAAUGUUACAAGCUUAGGGAGAUCCCUUGUGCAUUUAUGGAUAUACACACUUUAAAGUCCAUUCAUUUAAUUAAUAUUAAGCAUGAGCUUGGAGAUUCAGCCAUUGAGAUUAAGAAACAGGUAGUAGAUUUUGCAGGAGAGGACAGACUUCAACUCCAUAUAGCAGAUGUAUAUGAAUAA